GAGUGUUGCAUGUUGAUUCGUGGGAGGGUGAAGCUGAUAUGCUGGCCUUUAAAACCCAUGGGACAGCCUACGAGACGAGACGGGACAACGUUCCAAGACUUCAGCCUCCUGAGAAGCCAUGGUGUCCACUCGUCCCCUCUUGCUCUUGGUCCUCUGCAGCCUGACUCUCACUGAUGCUCAGCUGAAGCUGUUUAACCUGCGGGCCAGCGAUCUUUACACCCACAUCCUGGGAAAGCCAGACGCCUACGUCAAAGUCUUCUGCGGCUCCGCCAAUCUUGGUGAAACAUCUGUCCGCGACAACAACAAAAACCCCUGGUGGGAGGAGGAGUUCAGCGCUUACAACGUCCAGGAGAAUGACCUGCUGAGGCUGGAGGUCUUCGACAGUGACUUCCUCAAAGACGACCUGCUGGGGAUCUGCCAGCGUCAGAUCAAACUGGGAACACAUAAGCAUGACUGCUUCCUGAAGGAAGGGGGCACCCUCCAUUAUACCUACACACUCGACUGAUGAGGCAGCUAUAACUGACCUUAAGUCAUCACAUAUAACCUACAAUUCACUCAGACUGGCUCUGAGGAUUGUUUUCAUCCUCAUCAUCGCAAAUCGGUGAUAAGUCAUUUAGAAUCAAGAUUGCAACCAAAAAAUAAAUGACUCAUUAAAUUAAUCAAUACACCUUUGGGGUGCAACACUAUCAAUAGAAAUAAAGUGUGAUGGAGCAACCAAACUCUGUGUUUUUAGUC